GCGGUCAGUGCGUGCGGCCCUCCGCGUCGGGCCUCGCCAUGGCCCCCUGCAUGCGGCUGCUGUGGCUGCUGGCGCUGCUCCCGGGCGCGACGCUGCGCCCGGCCAGACCCGGGGGCGCCGACAUGCCGGCCCGGGAGCUGCGGGAGCCCGCCCGCUUCGCGCUGAGGAUGUACAACCGCGGCCGGACUCCGGAGACGCGGGCCGUGCUGGGGGCCGUGCGCGGGCGCGUCCGCCGGGCGGGCGAGGGCUCGCUGUACUCCCUGGAGGCCACCCUGGAGGAGGCGCUUUGCCACAACCCCGCCGCGUGCCAGCUCCCCGAGCCCAAGAGAACCCUGCUCUGCAGUUUCGAAGUCCUGGAUGAGCAAGGAAAACAAUUGCUGCUGAGUCUACACUGUGGCCCAGUGGAUACCAAGCUUAGAGACAAUGAGAAUGGGACUCUUGAUCCAUUCCUCUCGAUGUUGAAAGCAGGUCGUCCACCCCAGGGCCUGUCUUUGGAGAUGUCUACCCUCUUCAAGGACUUUGUUGUCACCUAUAACAAAACCUACAAGUCAAGGGAAGAACUCGAGCUGCGCAUGUCCAUCUUUUCCCAAAACAUGAUACAAGCACAGAAGAUCCAGGCCCUGGACCGUGGCACGGCCGAGUAUGGGAUCACCAAGUUCAGUGACCUCACAGAAGAGGAGUUUCGUACCAUCUAUCUGAAUCCCCUCCUACACAAGCAGUCUGGCAUGAAGAUGAACCCAGCCAAGCCCGUGGAUGAACCUGCACCACCUGAAUUUGACUGGAGGAGCAAGGGGGCUGUCACCAAAGUCAAGAACCAGGGCAUGUGCGGCUCCUGCUGGGCCUUCUCUGUCACAGGCAAUGUGGAGGGCCAGUGGUUCCUGAAGCAGGACACUCUGCUGUCCCUCUCAGAGCAGGAGCUCGUGGACUGUGACAAGAUGGACAAGGCCUGCCUGGGAGGCUUGCCCUCUAACGCCUACACAGCCAUAAAGGAUUUGGGAGGGCUGGAGACAGAGGAUGACUACAAGUACCAAGGUCACCGGCAGGCCUGCAACUUCACUGCGAAGAAGGCCAAGGUCUACAUCAAUGACUCUGUGGAGCUGAGCCAGGAUGAGCAGAAGCUGGCAGCCUGGCUGGCUAAGAACGGGCCGAUCUCGGUCGCCAUCAAUGCUUUUGGCAUGCAGUUCUAUCGCCAUGGGAUCGCCCACCCAUUCCACCCCCUCUGCAGCCCUUGGUUCAUUGAUCAUGCUGUGCUGAUUGUGGGCUAUGGCAACCGCUCUGAGACGCCCUUCUGGGCCAUCAAGAACAGCUGGGGUGCUGACUGGGGUGAGAAGGGUUACUACUACUUGCAUCGUGGGUCUGGGGCCUGUGGCGUGAACGUCAUGGCUAGCUCGGCAGUGGUGAUCUGAGGAAGUGAUUGGUGAAGGACCUGCUGAACAGAGAGCCCCUUCCCCGGCCCUCAUGUCCAGGCCCCUUCCCGGGAGGCACAGCUGGCUGAGAAACGGGCACUGGGUAGUUGAAGAGGGUGAGCAGCGUGCACUGGGCCCCUUACUUCCUCCACCCUUCUCCCACCCUGCAGUUCUUGGCUGAACCACUGGUGAAUGAAUUGUGGUCGCUCGGGGGAUCCUGGGGUAAGGGGAGCUUUUGUGGCAGCUGAAGUAGGGGCAGAAACCCUGGGCUAAGGAUAUUAAGGAGCACAGAAUGAAAUGAUUCCAGGCUUCAACCCAGUUGUGUCUUCAGCAGGCCCUGGCUUUCCUGCCUUGGCUUUCCUCUGUCCGAUGCUGUAUUUUCUGGUCCCCUGGAUUUUGGGACAGAGUCCUACACCUAGGAAACUUGUAAUCACCCUUCACUAACAGCAAUAAAGAUGUGUCCUGGU